AUGAACCACUCAAUUAUUACUAUCCCUCAACAUGGAAAUGGUCGACUGUAUAAGACAUCAAUUUGCAGAUAUUAUGAAUAUGGAAAUUGUUCCCUUGGUAUGAAAUGCUAAUUUGCUCACGGCUUAGAUGAACUAAGAAAUCCUGAUGGUAAUUUAUAGAUUCAUUUAGAUCCAAUACCAUUUCAGAUCCCAACACUCGAUAGCAAUAUCAUAAUAACAAACUAUAAAAGUAACUUUGUUUAAUAUUCAAGCUGUUUUAUGUAAAUAUGAUUAAUAAGGAUUUUGUAAAAAUGGCACCGAUUGUCCUUAUGCACAUGGUCAAAACGAUAAAAAAUAAGCUCGAAUAGCUCCAUUAAAUCUCAAAAAGACUUUUUACAAUAAAGAAAAUAAUGAUGAUAAGGAUGUUGAAUUAUUUUUAUUCGAACUAAUUUCUCGACUAAUUAAUGAUAUCUCAUAUCAAUCUGAUGAGGUUUUGUUUUUUCUAUUGCUAGUUUACCUUGAGCACUUUAAGGAAAGUUUAAUCAUUAAUAGGGGAAAAAAGUCUUAGAUCAGCAACCGAAACACUAUGUUUAGUGCUCUCUUCAAAUUAAAGAUCAAAAUAAUAAUAAAUAGCCUACGAGUAAAUCUACAAUGGUUUAGUUUAAUGAAUUUGAAGUAAGGACAAUUUUGU